AUGGCUUUCCUAAACAGGAAAAUUGACAAAGUUGUCCACAUGCAAAUCCCCCCCACAUUUGAAGCACCUGAGAAUGAUGGAAAGUGCUACCAUCUCAAGAAGGCACUAUAUGGCCUCAAGCAGGCAGGCAACUACAAGUGUUUGGAUUCAAAUGGUGCCAAGCAGAGCCAUGAGUCUACACACAAGGAACCAAAGACACUAUGCAUCUUCAGCAUCAUGGAUCAAGGAAACAUCCUGCACAUCAUUGGCAUGAAUGUCAAAUACAAUUGUGAGUCACAAAUGCUUUUGAUUGAUGAAACUGGGUACAUCGAAGGGUUACUUGAAAAGUUUGCCUUUGCAGUCAGACAAUGCACCCAUUUUGUUGCCAAUCCAUCAAGUGAACACCUAGUCACUGCAAAAUGGAUUAUCAGGUAUCUAAUAGGAGUGAUUGAUGUCAGCCUAGUGGCAAGCCAGGCCAGUGUCCAUGUCACUGCCAAAACUUUGGAAGGGCACUCACACAACCAGGAAUUGGAAUUAGACUCAACUAUACCUAUCUUGUACAGUGACUCAUCUGGAGCAAGAGUCAUUGCCAAUGAUCCACAGCACUUCAAGAGGACAAAGCACAUUGAUAUCAUGCACUUCUUCUUGUGGGACAAGGUUGCUGAUGGUCAACUCACAAUCACCCCCAUCCAAAGCAGUGAGAACCUUGCAGAUAUCCUAACAAACUCCAAUUUUUGUUGA